AGGACAGACCGCUUUCACUCACUGUAACGAUUAAAGUUGAGUGCGACACACUGAUGACCUGCGAGCAUCCUCCGGGGGAACUGUGCAUUUGACUGGCUUAACGAGCGUCAGUUUCCAUCUCUUCACCACAGAUCAUUUGUUGCUGCCUUGGCUCCGCUGUCCACGGUCCAUAGGCUCUGUUUCAACCCACUGGUCAACUGACGGAUAUAUAAAGACACCGAGGAUUACAGAUGGACUGGCUCACACCUGAGAUGUGAAGUGUGUUAUGUGAGCCAAGGUGUUUUCCCACCUCGCUGGUGGUGGGGAGAGAUGCUGCGCUCCGUUGCCAUGACAGCAGAAGUUCUCUUUGUUCUCGGGUUCCUGAUGACCGGCGCUCAGUGUAAUCCUUUGGCACCCUUACCGAGCCGAGAGCGUCUGGAGAGGGUGCUGACCCAGGCCAGGGAGGAUAGACAUCAGGAGAAGCAGGCCUCCGAGGAGCCGCUGGGCUACGGAAGUCAGCAGCGCCUUGAGGAAAUCAAUGACCUGGGCGUGGAAGGCAGCCGGGAGGCCAACAGAACUGCUGUGAGCCGGGCCAGGCCCAAUUUAAACUCCCAGAAACGAGGAUCUAAGGGUGGGAAAUCCCAGGAGCUGUUGGGCGAACAGUACAGCCCCAACCAAAUAGACGAGGGUCCCACCAGUGAAGUCAACCUUUCCCUGGAUGCAAUCGAUGAGUACGCCUACCCAGACUACAGGGGUAAAGGCUGCAUGGAUGAGAGCGGCUUUGUGUUUGCCAUCGGCGAGCAGUUCACCCCGGGCCCUUCGACGUGCCCCUGCCUCUGCACGGACGAGGGUCCCAUGUGCACCAAGCCAGAAUGUCCCAAGGUUCACCCCCGCUGCGUCAAGGUGGACACCAGCCAAUGCUGCCCGCAGUGCAAGGAGAAAAAGAACUACUGUGAGUUUCGGGGCAAGAUCUAUGCCUCCCUGGAAGAGUUUAAGGUGUCUCCGUGUGAGAAGUGCCGAUGUGAGCCAAGUGGGGAGGUUUUGUGCUCGGUGGCAGCCUGCCCUCAGACAGAGUGUGUCGAUCCUGAGUAUGAGCCUGAUCAGUGCUGCCCUAUCUGCAAGAGUGGGCCAAACUGCUACGCGGACACGGCAGUGAUACCCGCCGGGCGAGAGGUGAAGAUUGAUGAGUGCACAAUCUGCUACUGCACAUACGAGGAGGGCACGUGGCAGAUUGAGCGUCAGGCCACCUGCAGCAGGAACGAGUGCCAGCAGAGCUAAAGACUGGCACGGCCACGGGACGGCGGCACGCCACGCCACGCCGGAGCCAAUAAGCAUGUAAACUCUCAGCCUUUCGCCCAGUCUACUGGACAUCAGGGUGGAAGCCCGAAUCACGACCGUUUCAGCAUUUAUAAUCACUCCUGUAUUACUGAAUAAAGCUUUUAUGAAGAUUUGUAACCCACUUACAGAAUAUCUAUUUAUCUAUGUAUAAAAUUAUUUAUGAAUAUGUACAAAUAUAGGAGCUAUUAACGCUGAACUAGUGAAAACAUAUUUUUUAUAGGCACUGUAUUUUAAUAAACAAUGUACUGGACCAGAGGUCAGCUAAACAUAACAGAAUGUAUAGAACACCCACAGCUGUCUUUGGAGGUGCAAGCCUCCUGUGUCUCGACAUGUGGUGUCAUCCCACCAAUUUUGACACCCGCCCUUCUACCACCAAAGUGCAGACUCGACUCGUGCUACCAAUUUCAAAAACGCUGGGUAAAGAUUCGCUGUGUGGAAAUGAUCAAGUACACAUUUAGACUACAGCAUUGUGAAGAAAGAAGAAAAGCAAAGCGGUGACUUGACUAUUUUCUGAUUUUUUUUUUCCUUCUUCCUUUUUUUUUUCCUUUAUGGAUGUUCCAAUGUGAUUUGAGUUGAAAGUGCUUUUUGUAUUUGCAGUUCUCUCGGUACUGUGUGUUCAUGUUUCAAAUAAAUGCCGACCUGUGCUCUGUAAAUGCUCAAACGGUACUUUCAACUCCAGGUUUUCGUGUUCAGUGUUUACCGGCUGAAAGAGAUGUUGUCUUUGAAACUGGUGCUCUAAAUUUACUGAC